AUGAAACAUAUGAUUCAUGGUCCCUGUGGGUCUGCGAAUCCCAAUGCACCGUGUAUGGAAAAUGGAAUAUGUACAAAGGGAUUUUCUAAAGAAUUUAAUACACACACAAAGAUCACAGAAGGCUAUCCAGUUUAUAGAAGAAGAGAGGGACAAUGGUAUAAUUAUAAAAAUACAGCCAUUAAUAAUAUACAUGUUGUUCCAUACAAUAAGUACUUACUUAAGAAGUAUAACUGUCACAUCAAUGUUGAAGUCUGUACAUCAAUUAAAUCUGUCAAAUACAUAUUUAAAUAUGUUUAUAAGGGAUAUGACUGUGCUAAUCUUAGGAUGUAUGACAACAAUGAAAUAGAUCAGUAUGUGAAUACAAGGUAUGUCGGUGCACCAGAAGCUAUGUGGAGAUUAUUAGAAUACAAGAUGCAUAAUAAAUCACAUGUUGUAAUCAGGUUGCCAGUACACUUGCCGAGAGAACAGAUGAUUGUAUUUGAAGAAGGAGCUGAAAGAGAACAAUUAUUAAAUGAAUUAGACAAAGAUACACAGUUGUCAGCCUAUUUCAAAUUACAAGAAGAAGAUGAAGAAGCAAGAAGGUAUUAUUAUACAGAAAUCCCUCUGUACUAUGUAUUUAAAAAUGGUAAAUGGCAUAAAAGACAGAGAUCUCAAGAUAAAGUUAUUACAAGAAUGUAUACUGUAAGUCCUACAGAAAAAGAAAGAUACCAUCUUAGAAUACUACUCCUUAAUGUAAAAGGGGCAAGAUCAUUCGAAGAACUAAGAACAUACAACGGUGUUGUAUACAAUACAUUUGAAGAGGCUGCAUAUGCAAGAGGACUAUUUAUUAAUGAUAAUGAAUGGGUCAAUGUAUUAGAUGAAGCAUCUAUGAAUCAAACACCGAGCAGUAUCAGGCAAUUGUUUGCUUUCAUCUGUAUCUUUAAUAGGCCACGUAAUCCUUUAGAACUGUACAAUAGAUUUUUUGAUGAUAUGACUGAAGAUAUACAAGAUGAUAAAGAAGGAAGAUUGCUCUGUGAUCUUGAAGAAUACUUUAAGACACAAGGAUUGUCACUUGAAACAUUUGGUCUUCCCGAUAGGGUUACUUCUAACUAUCGUGAUGAGAUUGUAAGUGAUGUUGAUCUUGAUCAACUUAAUAAAGACAUAGACAUGUUAAAUGCUGAACAAAAGAAAGCCUUUAAUGGUGUGAUAGAGUCACUAGAUAAGAAUGGUAAGCUGAUAUUUAUAGACGGUCCUGCAGGCACAGGUAAAACAUUUCUGUACAAGGUUAUAACAAGAUUCAUAAGCAGCAUGGGGAAAACAACAGUAUCUACAGCUACUACGGGAAUUGCAGCAGACUUAUUAGACAAUGCUAUGACAGUUCAUAGUUGCUUCAAGUUACCAGUUCCAUUGAAUGAUAACUCUGUAUCUAGAAUCAAGCAAG